UAAACAAAAUCCACAAAAGAUCUUGCAGAAAUUAAAAAUAGGAAACGGAAACGCCCCCCUCUCUCUCUUCCAGCUCCUCCUCCACGCCACCCCGAUUCGAUCACUCCCCGAGCAGAAUCCCCCCGAUUCGAUCACCGGCGAGGAGAGGAGGGAGGGGAUGAGGAAGCGGGAGCGGGAGAACCCGUGCGGGAUCUGCGGGCACUACCACAAGUACGAGGAGGGGGAGCCGUGCGGGGUGUGCGGCCACCGCCCGCCGGCGCUGGGGCCCGCCGGGGCGGCGGCCGCGCCGCGGCAGGAGUCGGCGUUCCCCUCGGAGAUACUCAAGGACUUCCUCUUCCUCGGCAGCUACGACAACGCCUCCCGCUCCGAGCUCCUCAAGACCAUCGGCAUCUCCCACAUCCUCAACACUGUACCCUUAUGCCAAAACCUUUACCGGAACUCUUUUACUUAUCACUGCCUUCAAGACGACAAGACUUUGCAGUUUGAUGAUGCAAUCCAAUUCCUAGAACAAUGCGAGAGGGAUAAAGCACGAGUGCUAGUCCAUUGCAUGUCAGGGAAAAGUAGGUCAGCUGCAUUUGUAGUAGCCUUCUUGAUGAAGUCCAGAGGCUGGCGACUUGCACAAUGUUUUCAGUGGGUGAAAGAACGGAGGCCACAAGUGCAACUGGCUGAUGCGGCACAGCAGCAGUUGAUUGAGUAUGAGCAGAAGCUUUUCAGUUGCAAUGUUGCUCCAACGGAUUCAUUCCCUUCUCUUGGAUUUGGUUUUCCGAAGCCGUCUGGUGAUGUCCAGGUGCCUAUCUUUAACCAGCAGGCUCCAGGGUCCAUCUUUGAGCGGGUCAGCCCGAAUAACAUCCCGAGUAAUUUCACAUUUGGGGCCACCGAAGCUAAGCUCCCGGAUGGCAGUAACUUCGGUGUGGUCAACUUGGCUGGGACUGAUAGCAUGAUGGACAGCUCCUAGGUUACUACUAUUGCAAUGCUAUAAACGGAUCAGCUGCCCAUUUAGUCAGAUUUCUUGGAACAUUUUGAAUUUCUGGGAAGGAAGGUUGCAUUCUUUGUACGAGGCUUCUUACAAUAUGUGCAAGCAUUUUGGCCGUUGUGAUGUUCUGCAGUUUAACAUGCACGUGCGCUUUUGUUCAACUUUGUAGAGUAAUUCAGGUGAACUGAAAUUACGCUAGAAAGUUUGAGUAGAAGUAUCAUAUGUGGCUGUUAAAUUGUACAGAUUCGUGUCUCAAGAAAGUACAGCUCAAAAUCUAUA